UUGUAAAAGUAAAUAAUGCUGAAUUCACUUUCAUUGUUUAUUGGACAGAAAUGUCAAAUUGUUGAUUCAACUGGACAGGCAUCUGCAUCUUUAACUCCUGGACAUUCCCUUCUGCCCUCGGCGACUGGUUCUACAGCUGUAUCAUGGACCAUGCACAGGACGGAUUAUAGCUCUUCUGAAAACGGACUUAUUCCGACUUCCACCUAUCAUCAUAAUCAGCAGACAGAGCCACUUUCAAGGGAGGUGCAAGAUGGAUUGAACGCUCCAUCAAAUGCCUCUACUUCAUCUAAUUUGGAGGCAGCAAAUGGACCACAAGAAUAUGCUGGAUAUUCAUCAUAUACAAGUUCUACUGAUGCUUAUGGUUAUGGCAACACAGGAUAUCAGAAUGGUUAUUAUUACAACUAUCCACAGCAAACAACCCAUUCGUACUCUCAACAAGGGGGAGUAUAUGAACAUUCAGGUGCUUCUUAUCAGCCUCUUAUCUCAUUUCAGAAUACAGGGCCUGCAAGUUAUACAAGCACUUACUACAAUGCUGCUGAUUAUCAGACAACUGGAGGUUACCCGAGCAACGAGUAUAAUAAUCAGACUAACUUGUGGAAUCAAGGGUCCUAUGCACAUUAUCCUUCUCAUCAGUAUUCAGCCUACACUUCAGAUUCUAAUGGUGCUCAAAGUUCUAGUACUGUAGCUGCAACUCCACUCCAUUAUCAGCAACAAUAUAAGCCAUGGGCAGAUUAUUACAGUCAAACGGAUGUUUCCUGUGCUCCUGGGACGGAGAAUAUUUCUGUUGCCAGUGCAACCACUUCGGGUUGUGCAGUUCCUGGUCACACGGGUGGAUAUCCAUUUUCAAACAGCCAGCCUCCACCACCUGGUACAACAUCCUGGAGACCAGAACCCAGUUCAUCUGAAUUGCCUUCUUCGCAGCAGGCCGGAGCCGUAACAGGCGAUGCUCACAAUGUUUACUGGAAAAAUGAAAAUGGAACUUCAGGAAUCCAAAAUAAUGUCAAUCCAAUGCCAUCAUACUUCCAAAUGCCUUUGAAUCCAAAUCCACUUCCAUAUGAGAGCUCCCAGGAUCAGCAGAAGAUUGCUUGUCCUCAGGGUUCCAAUCUACAAUAUUCUACUAUCAGUCAGGUCCCUCAGAGCCAGGUUCCUCAGAAUUAUCAGCCACCCUUGCAAACCUUUCCAUCUCCGGAUACACGUCGGGUAAGCAAACUGCAGGUUCCAACAAACCCUAGAAUUGCUUCAAAUUUGGGCUUGAACUUGCCAAAAACCGAUAAGGAUAGCUCUACAACCAAUGCAGCAGCAAAGCCAGCUUAUAUCGGUGUCUCAAUGCUGACGUCUAAUGACAAAGUGCCCUCUCAUGAAUCUGCCGAUUCCAUGUUCAAGCCUGGGAUGUUCCCUACAUCUCUACGUGAUUAUGUGGAAAGGGCAUUGGCCCGUUGCAAUGAUGAUUCACAAAAGGCAGCUUGUCAAAAUAUAAUGAAGGAGAUGAUUACAAAAGCAUCUGCUGAUGGUACACUUUAUACACGAGACUGGGAUACUGAACCUCUUUUCCCAUUGCCGGAUAUGCAUAUGGUCAAUAAGGAUGGGAAAAAUUCUGGUGUUGUCUCUUCACUACCAAAGUACAAAAGAAGUCCGAGUAGGCGUACCAAAAGCAGGUGGGAACCUAUAUCAGAGGAGAAGUUGGUUGAGAAACUGGCGUCUGUCAAUCACGUUUCGGUGAAGGAGUUUUCUAGUGGAAUAUGUGAGAGAAAAGAUGAUGGUUGGAAUAAUUCCAAACUCCCUUCAUUGCAACAACAAACUCCAAGUAAAAAUUCUCAGAGGCCUGUUAAGAAGCAGCGGCUUGGUGAUACUGUUGAUGCUGCUGAAAAUGAUGGUGCUUCCAGUGAUAGUGAUAAGGAACAGGGUUUGACUGCGUACUAUUCAAGUGCAGUAGCACUUGCAAAUUCUCCAGAGGAAAGGAAAAGGCGUGAAAAUCGUUCUAAGCGAUUUGAGGCACAUGGACAUCGAGCAAAUGUCAAGCACUUUCGGCAAAAGGCUGUUGGAGCUAGAAGUUUUUAUUCUAGAAGGGCUAGUGUUCUGGAGCUUAGCAGAAGCUAUGAAGAUGGUGGCAGCAGGGCUGUAGAGGAUAUUGAUUGGGAUUCCCUUACUGUCAAAGGAACCUGUCAGGAAAUUGAGAAGCGCUAUUUGCGCCUUACUUCUGCACCUGAUCCUGCCACUGUGAGGCCAGAAGAGGUGUUAGAAAAAGCUCUUCUAAUGGUUCAAAAUUCUCAAAAAAACUACCUCUACAAAUGUGAUCAGUUGAAAUCGAUUCGUCAGGAUUUGACCGUACAGAGGAUACGAAAUGAACUAACUGUCAAGGUGUAUGAAACACAUGCACGUUCGGCACUAGAAGCUGGGGAUCUGGCAGAAUAUAAUCAGUGCCAAUCACAACUGAAAAGCCUUUAUGCAGAAGGAAUCAAGGGAUGUCAUAUGGAAUUUUCUGCUUACAACUUACUUUGCGUUAUCUUACAUUCGAAUAACAACAGAGAUCUUUUAUCAUCAAUGGCAAGAUUAUCAGAUGAAGCAAGAAAGGACGAAGCUCUCAAGCAUGCUCUUGCGGUCCGUGCAGCAGUUACAUCGGGGAACCAUGUCCUGUUCUUCAGGCUGUACAAGAUGGCUCCCAACUUGAACACCUGCCUUAUGGAUCUCUACGUCGAGAAGAUGCGGUUUGAGGCUGUGAGAUGCAUGUCUCGUGCCUAUCGCCCUACAGUUCCUGUUACAUACAUUGCUCAGGUCCUAGGCUUCGCAACUGUCUUGCCAACAAUAGAAGGAAGUGAAGAAAAAGACAUGGACGGAUUGGAGGAAUGUGAGGAAUGGUUAAGGGCGCAUGGUGCAUGCCUUAUCACAGACAACAGCGGAGAGAUGCAGCUAGACACAAAGGCUUCCUCUUCCACCCUUUACAUGCCGGAACCUGAAGAUGCUGUUGCACAUGGGGAUACAAAUCUUGCCGUUAAUGAUUUUCUGACACGAACAUCAUGAAGGCUAUUUUGGUUGUAAUGUAUUUUCUUUUUCCCUUUGCUUAUUUUUGAAAUUUUGCUAGGCCAACUAGUGUAUUAAUG